AUGUGCCAGUCCCAGAAGUCUCGUAUUCGACGUUCCCUCAAGAACCUCUACCUCUGUGAUCCGUCCAGUGGAUUAUGGGUUGGGAUUACUGCUUCAGAUGGGUUUGGUGACCGUAAGCAGCUCUUCGUCAGAUUGUUGACCAUCCUCUUCCUCUCUCCAUCUGAACUCUUCAGCUCAGUGGAGAUAAUGGACGAAACCAGACUCCAUUUCGCUGAAUUCAGCAGCCGUCUAGCUUCGUCUCAAUCGACACAGCCGCUCAAAUUCACCACGUCAGACUCUUGUGAUCGCAUCAAAGACGAAUUUCAGUUCCUGCAGGCACAAUAUCACAGUCUGAAGUUGGAAUGUGAUAAACUGGCGAGUGAGAAAUCUGAAAUGCAGCGUCAUUACAUAAUGUAUUAUGAGAUGUCAUACGGACUCAACAUUGAAAUGCACAAACAGGCGGAGAUUGUGAAGAGAUUGAAUGGAAUCUGUGCUCAGGUGUUGCCUUACCUGUCUCAAGAGCACCAGCAGCAGGUCCUGGGAGCGAUUGAGCGAGCCAAACAGGUCACCCCUCCUGAGAUGAACUCAAUUAUUCGGCAGCAGCUUCAGGUUCACCAGCUCUCUCAGCUUCAGGGUUUGGCGUUACCCAUGACCCCUCUGCCCCUGGGCCUGACUCCGCACACCCUGCCCGCCGUCAACUCCAACUCUGGCCUCCUGUCGCUGUCCAGCAUCCUCGCAUCACACGCGCACCUGGCCAAGGAGGACAAGAGCUCCCGUGACGGGGCCGAUGGCCACCGCGAGGAGGAUGCGGACAAAUCCGACUAGCCUUCAUGGAGAUAGUUUGAUUCUGUCAUGAGGUCUGUAAAGAGAGACCGAGUGCAGAAAGAGAGGAGGAGAGAUUGCCG